GAGAGAUAGAGAGAGAGGGAGGGAGGGAGGGAGAGAGCGCAAGAUAAGAGAGCGAGCAAGGAGAGAGAGAGCAAGAGAGGGGGAGGAGAAAACAUGCAAUAGAAAUUGUCAGGUCCAGAGACAGAGAUCGAGAGAGAGAGAAAGAGAAGGAGGUGGUAAGGGAGACAGAAACAGAGAACAAGCGUGUGUGUAUGCGUGAGCCAGUGUGUGAGUGUGUGCACAGAGGCGCAUUGACAGCAGCGGAGGAGGAGCAAGGCUAACAAACGGCAGCCGUGAGAGAAAAGGAGCACAGAGACGCCACUGGGGGAGAGAUAACGAGUGGAAGAAAAGAAGAGAGGAUGAAAGAAAGACAGCAGUGGGUACCUGAAGACCUGAGGCUCUGAGACCAGAGAGAGAGAGAGAGAGAGAGAGAGAGGAGGAGAGGAAGAUACCCAGAGAGGCAUCACAGGAGCACACGUAAUUACACAACCUAUUUGGCUGGCUGACUGACAGGCAGAGAGAAAGAGACAGGAGGAGGGAUGGAGAGGGAGCUGCUAGAAACCGCUGCUCGGCCACACCGCAGACGACAGGACGAGAGGGAGAGAGUUUGAAGGACGAAGGGAACCGACGGAGGAGAAGAAGAGGUGGGCUCCACCACCAGUCUCUGUCCUCCAUCACUGUGACUAAAGGAAGGAGUGACGCAUCCAUCCUUCGACAGCUCAGCCUCCAUCUUACCUUCCCUUCCUCCCUCCACCUCCAUCGUUUGUUUUCUCAGGGUCUCACAGACAGGAAUGAUCACCUUGCCUCCGUCGCUCCUCUCCUCCUCCUCUUCCUCUACCCCUCUGGCAAAACACCUUCUGUUCUACUCUCAGACGAACUGAGACCAAUGGGCCAUGUUAUCAGCUUCACACGCACAUGGGAGCUUUACCCUGUAACAAGACUAUUGUCACCUCACAGCACAGUAAUAUCCAAAACCACCACCAACAACAACAACACACAGCAAGGUGGUAAGAGAACUGGGAGACGAUAUGUUACGACAGGACUAAACAACAACACAGGUAACUCAGCCAAAGAGGACUGUGAGGACAACAGUCACACCAUCUGACUGUCUGAGGCCACUGCUGUCACUCUGAACCGCUGAGGGACAGACAGACAGACCGUGACGAGGACACGGUCUCCCUAGAGAGACCUUUAUCAGCUACACUAGUGGGAGGACUCAGUUUGAAAGUCAAGCACCCCUUCCUUAGAGGAAUUCAGGAGUGGUUUGUUAAGGAGCAGGGGAUUUCCACUGCCUCCUAAAAAAAGACCUCUGCCUUAUCAGACUCCAGCCAAGGAAGCCAAAGGACACAAAACCAUAUUCGACCAAGAGGAGAGAGAGAGAGAGAGAGAGAGAGAGAGAGAGAGAGAGAGAGAGAGAGAGAGAGAGAGAGAGAGAGAGAGAGAGAGAGAGAGAGAGAGAAAGAGAAAGAGAAAGAGAGGUUCCAGCCUGAGUGUCUAGAGGCUGUUCUCACAGACAAGGCCAUUCCACAGCCUCAGAAACAGGAAGGAAGUUCUGGUUUGAGCAGCAACAACCUAGAAACAAGCAAGCCUCAAGCCCUGUUUGAGUCAGUUUCCCCUGGCAAGCCACAGGACGCUGUGUGAGACAAUACAGAGUGAACUACUACUGAACAGCCUGUGCUGCUUGAGCUCUCCAUUUUGAGAGAGUAGAACUCUUCACAACACUGUUGUGUAAGUGUAUAAUAUUAGUAUCUAUAUAUGUACAUAUAAGAUUAUUUAUUGGUGUUAUCACUGAAAACAUAUCUUUGUGCUGAUGUGUUGAGUCCUGUUAGUUGUUCAGCUGUUACUGUGGUUGAAUAUCCAGUACAUAUCUUUAUUGUAUAUCUAAGACUGCACAGACUAGUUUUAAGAGGACUAACUACCAGGCUCGGACUGUUAUCAGUAGUGAUCAGUAGUGUUAUCAGAAGACAGUGUUUCUGUGUAAUAGGGAAGUCUGUUUCACUGCUCCAGGUUUGACAGCUCUGGCUUUAGUCCUCAGUCCUUCUGUCCCACAUAAGGACUCAGGGUAACAGCACCACAGACGUGGGAGGCCUUCUAAUUGAAACAAUGGACAGAAUCAUACGUCCCCAUGUCCCCUCUAAUGGCUGACUUUGACACCCCCAGUUCACUUCAGAGCACCGCCCCACGCACAACCCAAGCCUGGGGCAUCGCCCGCUGAACCACCCACAGCCCCCUCUCUCUAACAAAGACACAGACACACAAAUAAGCUUAAUGUCCAUGUCCUGCCUCAGGCGGCAGCCUGUGACGAUCCCCAUGGAUACCGUCAAGAUCAUCCAGUCGGAAAAGUUCCCCCGGGAAUGCACGGUGCCAGUCACCCAGCCUUGCUUCACCCCUCCCCCGCGGGUGGCAUGGGAUGGAGGGGGAGAGGGAGAGAUCAUUGUGAACCAGGCGUGCAGUGACCUAGCCCUGGAGAUGACCUGCACUGACCUGGCCCCCACCAGACCCAUGGUCUCAUCUCCCCCAGCUCCCAUGGCCCGCAUGGGCCGCAGGGAGAGCUACCUGGCCCAGCGCAAAGCCAGCGCCGCAGAGAUCUGCUACCACCAGUUCCACUACAAGAUGGAGGACGUCAUAGUCAACCAGUACGUGCUGCGUUCUUCUUCCACCUCCUCCUCCACCUCCUCUUCCUCCUCGGGGCCCGUGAUGCCUUGUGAGCCCCUGGACUGCCCCACCUGCGGCCACACCUACAACUUUGCAGGCAAGCGUCCACGCAUCCUCUCCUGCCUGCACUCGGUGUGCGAGGAGUGCUUGCAGAUCCUCUACGAGUCCUGCCCCAAGUACAAGUUCAUCUCGUGCCCAACGUGCAGGCGUGAGACGGUGCUGUUCACUGACUAUGGGCUGGCUGCCCUGGCCAUCAACACCAGCAUCCUGAGCCGGCUGCCCUCUGACCCCAAUGGUCCGGUGCAGUGGGGCGGGGAGGCCGACCGGAGCUGCUACCAGACGGUACGCCAGUACUGCCAGUCAGCCUGCACCUGCCAGAUCGCCAACCCCCUGUCCUCCUGUGGCAUCAUGUAGAGACCUAGGCGGGGGCCAAACUGGCAUGCCUCCUCUCUUCUCACGUACAUACAACCCGCCUCCUCUCUUCUCACGUACAUACAACCCGCCUCCUCUCUUCUCACAUACAUACAACUCCACACAGAUGUAUCUCUAUAUUUAAUAGCACAGAUGGAUGCUGUCUGGGUCAAAUGGAUCGUGAAGGACACUGUCUUGCAGACGAAAACAGGGAAAUAGCAAAUAAAUGUAUUUUAUGUAUGAAGUAUGAAUCCUAUUCCCCCUCUCUUGUUCGGAUGUGUUUGUCAUUGACAUCUCUUUACAUGGGAAUGCUAGGGGAGGCCUAUCCCCUCAACCUAGGUCAAUAAAGAAUAAACAAAUGAUUUAAAAAAAGCCA